GUCCCGAGGAGGGAGGCCGUGACGUCAGAGUGGCAACCUGGUCACUGCAGCGAGGAAUACUCGCCCCGACGAAAAAUGAAAUGAGACCGUUGUCCAUCAAAGAGGCUUUGAUGGAUCCAUCGACCUUCAGUCAUCUUCUCCUCAGUCCAAAAACAUUCAGAUUCAAGGUACCAGUGCGGGCGACAAUAGCAGCCGAGGAGUGGACAGCGCACCUGACCCUGAAAAAACUGGACGAGAAUGGGGACAGGUACGACUUCGGUGGCCCCAUGGCCAAAUUGACCAACGCCAUAACGCAGUCUUUGAACGUCACAUAUAGGAUACGACAGCCACCUGACGGUCAGUGGGGCUCUCUGAAUCCUAAUGGCACUUGGACCGGCCUUGUAGGCCAAGUUUACAGACAUGAAGCAGACUUCGCCGUGGGGCCUCACGACGUCACCGAAGUCAGGAGCAAGGCCAUCGACUUCACCGUCAAUUUCAUCUUCGACGCCCGCAAGUUCAUCGUGGCCCAGAACCGGGCAGAGGUGGACCCCUGGGGCUUCGCGUUCCCCCUGACGUCCACAGUUUGGCUGUGCACUUUCCUGUCCACGUGGUUGGUCGCUGUGCUGACGACAGCUUUUGGGAAGAGACACGAGAAACAGCCUCUGGGAAAGUACGCGUAUGCUGUCUUCUUCCACACCUACAGGCUCCUUCUUCAGCAAGGCCUGGAGAUGAACAUAGUCAGUCUCCCAGAGAGACUUGUAGUCGCCGGCUGGCUGAUCGCCACCAUGAUCAUCUGCUGGAGUUACAGCUCAAACCUCACGUCGCUUCUGGCCAUUAAAUACGCUCCUAAACCCAUACAGACGAUCAGGGAUUUGAUAGACCAUAAAUCUAUGAUCGUUAUUUUCCCUCGUCGAACAGCUUUGAGUGAUUAUUUGUUCAGCGUGGAGAGUGGACCCCUGAAGGAAGUGGCCGACCUCUCCAAAAUCGGCCGAUACAUGGACAUACCAUACUGGGAGUUCGCCCAGGCCCUGGAGACCCUCGUCAUCAGAGGCACCCACAUUUUGGCAACGGACACCAUCGAUGCCGGUUCCAUGAUUGCGGCUUAUUUCUCAAAGACAGGGAGAUGCCAGUUCUACAUCGCCCGGGAAGCAUUCGUCCACUAUUCCAUGGGCAUGGUAUUCCAGAAAGGAAGCCCUCUGGUGGCGGCUAUCAACAAAAGGAUCCGCGCAAUCUUCGAAGCGGGCCUUUACCAAUACUGGCUCAAUAAAAACGUCGCGAAUUCCACCGCCUGCCAGUACAUGCCUUCGACAAUUGCAGUCCUGGAGCCGCUGUCUAUAGCGAAUAUGUGGGGUUUGUUCGUCCUCUUAGUAGCAGGACUGGCGCUGGCAACAGUCACAUUUUGUUCGGAGAUUUAUCUGGGAAAUGUUUCCUGAACACCUGAAAGUUGCUGAAUAAUUACAAUAAGAACACGGAAAAUUAUGGUCAAUGUGUUUCAGAGUUUCUUCGGUUCAAAUACACAGGGAUGUGAUCUGAUACCCAGGUUGUCAUGAGACGGGUUGUACUCGGUUCUGCAACUUUCUUUGAAGUAAUUUGAAUUUCUGUAGUAUCUAUGAAGACUGAUAAAACUGUGUUCUCUGAUAAAUAUCUAUAUGUUCAUCCUCUCAUCAAAGUAAUAAUAAAUUAGUCGCUCAGAUGUUAAAUAACUACAACUUCGACACUGCUUCAUUUACGUGAAAACGUCAUCGAAAAGCUGCAUAUUUAUCCAUUUAUAUUUCUUUGAUAUCCAAGCAAACAUUUUCUCUGACAAUUCGUCCAUACACUCAGUCCAGUAUCUUGUUGUCUUUAUUUACUUAUUCUCCCCCCUAAACUUAUGAACCGUUCUUCUAAUUUACCAAGCAAUUUCCUACAUUUUUAUGCCUUUGCCUAAAUGGCCAAGCUGAGCUCAAAUUUAUCCCUUGAAACAUGCCUUUAAUACAAACCUGUUUUUCUCCUCAGCCUUACUAUACGUACGCUACUUAAAUCAUUCUUCUAUCAGUCCUAAGUCCUCACUUAUCAUAAAUAUCUCUCAUCGAAGACUUCUGCAAAACACCUGAUGCCUUCUUUAAUCGCCUUAUAGCUGAUCAUUUAAUCUUUCGUCUUACACACUCUUUUUUUAUUUAUUAUCCUAAGCACCAUAUAAGUUCGCAAUCUUGCUCAGUAUUCCAACAGCUCCCUAUAUUGGUGGAUUUCAACGUCUACUGUAGUUCUCUAAUCCUGACCAAUGCCCUAUUGCAUGAAGAUAUUACUCACGCUUUUCUCUAGUAAUGAUCUAUACUUUCAUUUCAUUCAUUUGAAACACCUGUACAUGUACACAUAUCUGAAUAUACAUUAUUCAACAUGCUAGCAGUAUAUCUGUACUACCAAGUACAGAAAAACAUAUAGAAAUU